GGAACUGUCGUUUGUGGAUUACAAUUUACAAAUCACAUCACGAAUCACGAUACCUCAUAAUAUGCUUUACCGUCUUUCCUUUUCCGUUCGAUUUUCCUUUUCUUAUUUCAGUCUUAGGCUUCUGAAAAUCUCCUGCAGAUUGCAAAAGCAGAAUUCAUGAUCCUUUUUCUCAUUCUGAUAAUUUUAUCUUUGCAAUCACUGAAGAUCGAAGCUUAAACCCCUAAAUCAAACCUUGAGCUUCAUCUCCAAUCGAAACAAGAUCAAAGAAGGAAAAAUAUGCUACAAUGCAUAUUCAUCUUGUCUGAUUCCGGGGAGAUUAUGCUGGAGAAACAGCUUACUGGGCACCGUGUUGAUCGGUCAAUAUGUGAUUGGUUCUGGGAUCAAGUCAAUGCUCAAGGUGAUUCUUCCAAGAUUCCACCAGUGAUUGCUUCUCCAACACAUUACAUUUUCCAUAUUCUUCGUGAUGGGAUCAUAUUCUUGGCUUGUGCCCAGGUUGAAAUGCCUCCUUUGAUGGCAAUUGAGUUUCUUUGCAGAGCAGCUGACGUACUCUCAGACUAUCUUGGAGGUCUCAAUGAAGACAUCAUCAAAGACAACUUUGUUAUUGUGUAUGAGCUUCUUGAUGAGAUGAUCGAUAAUGGCUUUCCUCUGACAACAGAACCCAAUAUUCUUAAAGAAAUGAUUGCCCCGCCAAACAUUGUUAGCAAAGUUUUGAGUGUUGUGACGGGUAAUAGCUCCAAUGUAAACAGCACUCUCCCAGGUGCAACUGGAUCAUGUGUACCCUGGAGGACAACAGAACUUAAGCAUGCCAGCAAUGAAGUUUAUGUUGAUCUUGUUGAAAAAAUUGAUGCAAUCAUAAACAGGGAUGGACUUCUUGUGAAGUGUGAGGUUUAUGGUGAGGUUCAAGUCACCUGCCAUCUUUCAGGUGUCCCUGACUUAACACUAUCAUUUGCAAAUGCCGCCAUCCUGAAUGAUUUUAGGUUCCAUCCUUGUGUCCGAUUCCGACCAUGGGAGUCGCAUCAAAUUCUGUCCUUUGUGCCACCUGAUGGACAAUUCAAGCUUAUGAGCUAUAGGGUCAAAAAGUUGAAGAACACCCCAAUAUACGUCAAACCACAGUUUUCUUCGGACUCUGGUGCUUGCCGUGUAAGUGUAAUGGUUGGAAUACGACAUGAUCCUGGAAAGACGAUUGAUUCUAUAACAGUGCAGUUUCAACUACCUCCUUGUGUGACAUCUUCUGAUCUGACCACAAAUCAUGGAACAGUUGACAUCCUUGCUAACAAGAUGUGUUCUUGGUCCAUUGGUCGGAUACCAAAGGACAAAGCCCCUUGUUUGACGGGAACACUAAAGCUCGAAACGAGCCGUGAGAAACUUGAUGUAUUCCCCACGUUACAAGCACAGUUCCGAAUCAUGGGUACUGCUCUUUCUGGUCUCAAAAUAGACAAGCUUGAAGUUUUGAAUGUAGCCAAUCGCCCGUACAAGGGUUUCAGAGCUCUGACUCAAGCAGGGGAGUAUGAAAUUAGGUCAUAAAUCUCAAGUUUGAAAGAUUCUGUUGCGUUUUAAUGGAAGCUUCUAGUUUGCAGGAAGUCUCCUCGGGUUUUAAUCAUCUUUUGGUUAUUGAUGCAAGCAAUUUUUUUGGCGAGCUAAUCAAAAUUUCUGUACCGUGUGCUAUCGGGUAGUUCAUUUAUUUAUUCAUGAGAAGUUUGUAUAAUGUUUGUAGAUUAUUGAAAGAAAUAGAAAUUCAAAGAGUUCUUCAAUCA